CUACACCAGAUCGUCUUAUAUAUUUGUGCCACUCAUAGCAGAUCAUGUCGCAGAACAAUCUCAAUUACAUCGUCGACCCCAUUAAUGAUGACAUCGCAUCCUCACAAACUAUUUAUGUGAUGCAACCAAGUCCAAGCCCAACAACACCUUCUUUGGAUAGUGCAACGUCGUCGGCAAUUCAAUCAGUAAUCAUCGUCGCAUGUCAAAAGGCUGUUGAAAAGGUGGAGGAAAAAAAUAAGCUAAUAUUGUUACGCCUAACAGAAAACGUUGAGGGGCUGCGCAAAGAAAUCAUUGAUCUUAAAAAAGCGGUAUCACAUAAUAACGCUACUAUUAUACCAAGCAAGCCGUAUGCUAAUAUUGAAGACUUCCUCAAUUUUGAGAAAACUAUUCUGGAAGAUAUAGAUAAAUUUUCCUUGCUGAAGGCAGAUCUAAAAAGAUUGUCAACAUCAUCCAAUUCGAGAAAAUUUGUUACGAAAGCGUAGCAGAAGAUUAUGACUGACAACGUUGCUGAGAGCUUUUCCUGGUGAGGAACUGCAGAUAAGAAGUGCAUUAGGGCCUUCACUGUCGCCACUGCUAUUCAUCAAACUUUCGCUGAAAAUGGAGGCAAGGAAGAGGACUUUGUGUUUGCCUCUAAGUCAUAUUUCCAGUCCAGUCCAAAAAAUCGUAUUAAAAAU